UUUCGGUAAAUAACAAAACAUAUCGUCUUCAUCGACGCUGUCGCAACAGAGUUAUAUCAUCCAUGGCGUUGGCGCCUAAACCCCUCUCUCUCUCUUCUCUUUCCGCAUUCCGCACACAUUAUUCCUUCCAAAACCCUUACCCCAAAUCCUUUCCCCCCAGAUUCAACUGUCGAAAACCACUCAGUUUCAUCAUUUGCAAAUCCGCCCAAACUGAUUCCCCCAAUUCCUCGUUGUCCACACCCGAACCCGAUGGCUCCGGACCCUCCGCCCCUACCCGAGGCGACCUUUUCCUCCAGCGUCACCAAUCCUCAGCUGCUUCCGCCACCGUUCUUGCGGAGAUAAAGGAAAAGAAGAAGAAGAAGAAUAAACAAAAGGCUGCGAAAGCUUCUUCUUUUACUGGGCCUAGCUGUUACGGCUGUGGAGCCCCGUUACAGACUUCGGAGGCCGAUGCUCCGGGUUACGUGGAGGUUGAAACAUAUAAUCUGAAGAAGAAACAUAGGCAGCUAAGAACGGUGUUAUGUGGGAGGUGCAGGCUCCUGUCCCAUGGCCAUAUGAUUACUGCUGUUGGUGGGAAUGGAGGGUAUUCGGGUGGAAAACAAUUUGUUACGGCAGAAGAGCUUCGUGAAAAGCUAUCACAUUUGCGUCACGAGAAAGCUCUUGUAGUGAAACUGGUUGAUGUAGUGGACUUUAAUGGCAGUUUUUUAGCCCGUGUCCGCGAUCUUGCUGGUGCAAAUCCCAUAAUACUAGUUGUAACUAAGGUUGAUCUUCUUCCAAAAGGAACUGAUCUCAAUUGUGUUGGUGACUGGGUUGUGGAGGCAACAGUUAAGAAGAAACUGAAUGUAUUGAGUGUGCACUUGACAAGUUCCAAGUCUUUGGUGGGCAUUGCUGGAGUGAUCUCAGAAAUUCAGAAAGAGAAGAAGGGAAGGGAUGUCUACAUCCUGGGUUCAGCUAAUGUCGGAAAAUCUGCUUUCAUCAAUGCUCUAUUGAAAAUGUUGUCUUAUAAGGAUCCCGUAGCUGCUGCAGCGAGAAAAUACAAACCAAUUCAAUCUGCUGUUCCGGGAACUACUUUGGGUCCAAUCCAAAUUGAAGCUUUCCUAGGUGGAGGAAAAUUAUACGACACACCUGGAGUUCAUCUGCACCAUAGACAGGCUGCCGUGAUCCAUUCAGAGGAUCUACCUGCUCUUGCACCCCAAAGUCGACUUCGAGGUCAAUCUUUCCCAAACCCUCUUCUUAUUUUGGACAACUCGAUGGUAGACCGAAUCAAAUCAAAUGGUUUGGUUGGUUUCUCUAUUUUUUGGGGAGGUCUUGUCCGAAUUGAUGUCAUCAAAGUUCUUCCAGAAACACGUUUGACGUUCUAUGGACCCAAGGCACUGCAAAUCCAUGUGGUACCUACUGAAGAUGCAGAUAAAUUUUACGAGAAAGAAGUUGGGAUCAUCUUGACUCCUCCAACUGGAAAACAGAAGGCAGACACCUGGAUGGGUCUUGAAACAAAGCGCGAGUUGCAAUUAAAAUAUGAUGACGUUGAUAAACCUGCUUGUGAUGUGGCUAUAUCUGGGCUUGGUUGGAUAUCAGUAGAACCAUUUAGCCAAUCUCUUAGAUCAUCCGAGACAAGUGCAGUAGAAGCUGGUGGGGAGAUAAGUUUAGUUGUCCACGUCCCCAAGCCUGUGGAAAUUUUUGUCCGUACUCCUUUACCUGUUGGCAGUGCUGGAGCUGAAUGGUAUCAGUAUCGGGAAUUGACAGAAAUGGAACAGGAAAUAAGACCAAAAUGGUACUACUGAGAUAGGUUGGGAAAUGCUUCAGGUAUAGAUUACAUAACAACGCUGUGUCAGAAGAAGAAGAUGGAAGGUCACAGGAAACAAAUGCUCGAUGAUAAUAUGAAAAUACAUAUUCGACAGGUUCGUGGCCACCUUGAUUUGCAUUAGAUCCCCUUAAACUCUUUGAAGACGGCAAAAUCAGCAUCCCGCUUCCCAUUAUUUAAGUGCACGUUUGAUUAUGAGAGGUCCCGCAACUAGUACAAUGGCUAGAUUUAAACAGUUUUGUGACUUCACCAAGACUGUGAAGCAUGAAAAAUACAGCACCCCGUAGCCAGUGCAACUCCUGCUCAGAAGAUUGUAUUUUCAUAUACAAGUUUACAGCUGCUCUCUAUGCAAUGUUUUGAUUUAGAGUACAUCUGUUUACUUUAAAGACUAUUCUGAUUUUGUUUGUAAAAUCAAUACGAAGAUUAUCA